AUGGCUUGUGGGAGGUUAUUUCUGAUUUUGACAUUAUGCAGUUUGCAUAUACAAUGUAGUGUUGGUGAUAUUGAAGAUGAUAUCAGGAAAUUGAGAAUUGAUAUGUGGUCUGAAAUACGAAAGUUACAGCAAGAGUUGAAAGAAAUAUCUGAAGAAAGGGAAGAAUUGUCAAUAAUACACUCGGUGUCAUGUAAUUCUACUGAAUAUCUACAAGUGAAGAAACAACUGAUGCAUAAUCUCUCUGAGAAGUUUGCUAACAUUUCACUCGAGGUUAAUUCCAAAUUAGGAAAUUUCAAAUCUAUUGGAGAUAUAAAGACUAGGGAUAAAGAAUUGACCGAGAUACAAAAUUACAGCCAAGCACUCGACAUUAUUCAACAUGUUCAUGGUAAUUUGAAUCACCUGGAGACAGAAAUGUGGAAAAUGAGGUUUAAUCGAGAAAUAAUUGAUCAGAAAUUAGAAAGAAUGGAAAAACAGACGACAUCUGAUAUAUUCCUGGCUAAUAUUCAUAAAUUAUCAACAUGGGGAAUCGACUCCAGUAUCGAUAUGGUGGAAUCUACAAAUGAAAUAUUGCAAAAUUAAAGAUUUAUGCUUAACAGAGAUACAAAUGGGAUAUUCCAACUGUUGCUCGACAGAUUUGAGUUUGUCAAAUUUAACCCAGCACCAGUGCCUUCUUUUGAAUAUUAACUUUAAACAAACAAUUGUGUGGUAUUUAAAUGACCAGACUUUCUUUGACCAAGUAGGCCUACAUAAUAUAGCAAUUGGGUCAAUGAAAUUGACUUACCUACAAACUAUGUUCUAAAAAGUUUUUUGUUACAGUUGGAUGAAUGUAAGUCAGUGUAAUUAUUCACAAGAUGUUAAAAGCGUCCUCAUUUGAUUAAUACCAAACCAUAUGGAAAGUUGGUCACAAUUAUUACAUUUUGAUUUGUCGGGUGCCCUUAUUGUUUGUUUAUAUAUAUAUAUAUAUUUUAACGUUUGAAUAAAUUAUGUUACAAAUU